AUGUCGAGUUUAACUACUCAAACAAUUCGUGUUCUUGAUUGUUAUGAAGGUCGCGAUGGUGCUAUUACAUUGACACUUUAUUUUUGUUGUUUAUUAAGUGGUUUUUAUCCAACUGACUCUAAUUUGCAUCUAUCUUUGCAACGAAUAUUUGAACGUUUAGAAGAUUGUCGCGUUGUCUUACGUCUUUAUGAUGACAUAGCAAUUCUUCGAGAUUUUUUUACUUAUGAAUUAAGACCUGGAGAACGAAAUUGGAUAGUUCGUUGUCUAAAAUUAUUACACUAUAUUGCAUGGCUUGGUUAUUAUCCAUCGGAACAUAUAAGUUGGCUUGGAGACAUGAAUUUGAUUGACGUUGAUCCUGAAUUUUGGGAAUUCCUAACAAAUUUCUUUUGGGCAACAGCAUUAAUUACUUCUGCUCUUUGGAAUGCGUAUGUUGUUUUACAAUAUAGAUCUCAAAAGCAUAUAAGUAAAGAAAAAAAAGAAGAAGAGAAAAAAUCUCUUAUUCCAUGGACAGCUGCUCGCAAUGCUAUGCUAGUUACGAUUCGUGAUGGAACUGAAUUUAUGGUUGCUGUUAAUAAUUUACCAAAAGGUUAUUUGUGGUCAUCAACAUUGACCUAUACUCAAGUCGGCAUGUUUGGCACUUGUUCGGCCUUCUUACGUCUUUUUGCACUUUUCAAAUUUGCUUCCUGA